CUAUCAUUGAGAUUUUUCACCGUUCCCGUUAAAGAUGACAUAUUCGCCACUGAAAGAGACACGAGUCCUGUGCAGCUAGUGGUGGUUAUGGAGAGAGCAUGCUUUCAGACAUAACACCUCCAGAAGCGCCCAAUGUAUUCGCGAGAAAUGCGGACUUUGCCGAUCGCAAUUUCUUAACCUUGCCUUCACCUCGUUUCCCUGCUACAUCCAAGUCUCCCUCUUCUCAAAAACAGGUCUGUAUCGCCAUGGUCGCCAUACAUGCGGAGCCUAGUACCUCUACAACCACUCACAAAAAGAACCGACGAAAGAUCUCGAAGAAAAACCUCAAACCCGCUGAACCAGGGCAAGCUCGUGAAGGAGAUGAGGACAUGCACGAGGAGCCUAUCUCUUCGGAAGUCGCAGAGGCUGCACAAGCCGCUGUCUUGGAAGAGGACAACGGAAAUGCCGAUGACGACGAACUUAUGAUUGACUCCGAUCCUUCAUCUCUCCCUGCACAGAAUGCUGCACCUUCUUUCCCUCCUCUGCCCGCUUCUGCUCAAAGAUCUACACUCAAAUCGGAGACGAGACGGAUUCCUAUACCCCCACAUCGCAUGACGCCGUUGAAGAAGGACUGGGUGAAUAUCUUUGGACCAUUAACCGAGAUUCUCGGGCUGCAGGUUCGAAUGAAUGUACAGAGGAAAGCUGUUGAGAUUAGGACAUCAAAACAUACCAAAGAGGUCGGCGCACUGCAGAAAGGUGCUGACUUCGUAAAGUCAUUUGCACUUGGAUUCGAUGUGAACGUAUGUGAUUCAAUUUUUCUACCACGUCUAUUUCAUUCAGUUGACAUGUUCGUUUCUAGGAUGCGAUCGCUCUGUUGCGGUUAGACGAUCUCUAUCUUGACUCGUUUGAGAUCAAGGACGUGAAAACACUCCACGGAGACCAUCUUUCUCGUGCAAUUGGUCGUAUUGCCGGUCAAGACGGAAAGACGAAAUUCACUAUUGAGAACGCGAGUCGGACUCGGAUUGUUCUCGCUGAUACGUAUGUAUCACAUUUCUUGCCCUUGUACUAUCUGGCCGCUAAUCUUCUUCCUUCUUCCAGUAAAAUUCAUAUCCUGGGAUCCUUCCAAAAUAUCAAGAUCGCUCGGGAUGCAAUCGUAUCCUUGAUACUCGGAUCGCCACCAGGGAAGGUGUAUGCAGGGUUGAGGACGGUGAGCAGCCGUAUGCGACAACGUGCGUUAUGAACGAUUCGCUGUGGUGAUGAUGUGUUCGAUAUCACAUCUAUUAUAUUCUCGUUACCUCUUGUCCUUGACGUAGAUUGGAUGGGUAUGUGGUGUUGUCUAUGUGGUUGAUCAACAGUGUGUUUUCAGUGGUUUCAGGAUUCCUUAUUUUCUUCGGGACAAGCAUGAUAUGACAUAGUCGAUUUCUCGAACAACAUUCAGGUGAAUAAAUGCCUGUGACUUGAGUUUACA